AUGUCUUCAAAUAAUUUCCCUCCAUUAAAAAAUGAUCUUAUUCUUCGUGCAUGUCGUGGUGAAACCGUUGAACGUGUACCAAUAUGGAUUAUGCGUCAAGCUGGUCGAUAUUUACCUGAAUAUAAAGCAGUUAGUGCUCAACAUUCAUUUUUUGAAGUUUGUCGUACACCAAAACUUGCAUGUGAAGUUACACUUCAGCCAGUACGUAAAUUUGAUCUUGAUGCAGCAAUUAUUUUUAGCGAUAUUCUUGUUAUACCACAAGCACUUGGUAUGGAAGUUGAAAUGGUAGCUAAUGAAGGACCAUGUUUUCCUCAACCACUUAAGGUACCUGAGGAUUUAAAUACUAAAAUUGAUCGAACACGUAAAGCUAGUACAGAAUUAAAAUAUGUCUAUGAUGCGAUUACAUUAACUAGACAGACACUUGAUGGACAAUGUCCAUUAAUUGGAUUUAGUGGUGCUCCAUGGACUCUUAUGUCGUAUAUGAUUGAAGGUAAAGCCAGUUCAACAAUGUCAAAAUCAAAGCGUUGGUUGUAUAGUUAUGAAAAAGAAUCACAUGAUCUUCUUAAUAUUCUUGCUAAUUUUACAAUUGAUCAUCUUGUUGAACAAAUAGCAGCUGGUGCACAACUUGUUCAAUUAUUUGAAUCACAUUGUGCUUGUUUAACACCAGAUUUAUUUAAUCGUUUUUCAUUACCAUAUCUUUGUCAAAUUGCUAAAGGUGUUCGUGAUGAACUUUCAAAACGACAAAUAUCACCUGUACCAUUAAUUGUUUUUGCUAAAGAUGCACAUUUUGGUCUUCAAGAUUUAGCUACAACUGGUUUAUUUGAUGUUAUUAGUCUUGAUUGGACAAUAACACCAACAAAUAUACAACUAUUACGCAAAGAAAAUCCAACAUUAACACUUCAAGGAAAUCUUGAUCCAUGUGCACUUUAUGCAUCAAAAGAAAAUUUAGAAAAAUUUGUUCGACAAAUGCUUGAAAUAUUUGGAACAAAACGAUAUAUAGCUAAUUUAGGUCAUGGUAUAUAUCCCGAUAUAUCUGUUGAUAAUGUUAAGUGGUUUAUUGAUGCUGUUCAUCUUAUUUCAAAAGAGAUGAAUGAUUGCAAUACAAACUAG